AUGAUAAAAUCUCCGAAACGUUGUCUACCCCCUUUUGAAGAGUAUCAAAAAACACUUCCCAAAUAUAUUCCAUUUGCAUAUGACCCUAAUGCUCUAAAAAGAUUACCUUUUGGUUAUAUAGAACUUAUGAAUAAUUGUCCAAGUCAACCAAUGCUUUAUUAUAAUCCACAUUAUUCAAUGCAUAAACAAACAAUGAAAGAUUUUUUAGCUAAAUUCCCUCAAAAAAAACAAAUUGGAAGAGGAAGUUUUUGGGAUGUUUAUUGUGUAAGAGAUCCUAAUGAUGGAAUAUUAAAAGUUGUAAAAAUUUCUAUUCAACCUCAUAUGACAGCAGUUUAUGAAAAUGAAUUUAUAAAUAUCGAAACAACUAAAAAUUGUGAAUAUAUAAUUCAAUGUAUUUCUACUCAAAAGAUAGAUAAUAUGUAUUUUAUAAUGAUGGAUUUAAUGAAAGGAAGUAUUUGGGAUUUACUUCAUCAAAGACCAAUGGAAUUCUUUGAAAUUAUAUAUGUCACAGGAACAGUUUUAAGAGGAUUAAGAGAACUUCAUCGUUUAGGUUUAGCUCAUAUGGAUGUUAAACCUGAAAAUAUUUUUGUUUUAAGUGAUGGUCGAGUAAAAUUAGGUGAUUUAAAUUCAUGUAGAAAAAUUGGUGAAUCUCUUUCAUUAGAAGAUAUUGGAGAACCAAGUUAUUGUGCUCCUGAAGUAAUUGGAGGACAAGCAUCACAAUUAGCUGAUGUAUUUUCUUUAGGAAUAACAAUAUUUGAAAUGGAUACAAGACGUAAAUUUCCAAAUUAUGAACAAAAUUUUUAUUUUACAGACCCUAUUCUUCUUAAUUUGUUUCGGUUUGAAGAACUUAAACAAAUGUAUUUGUUUAUGACUAUUACUCAACCAAGUUAUCGUGUGACUGUAGACCAACUUCUCUCUAUGUCAAUAUUUGAAAAUCCUGAUGUUAAAGUUUUUCCUAGCGUUUUAUAA